AUGGCCAGAGAUUUGACUCCGCAAUGGAAGCAGAUGCUCUCGUCAAUCCAGGGUAGACUCAAUACAGAUGUUGAAAAUCUUGAGGAUGAGAUGGAUGCGGCCAUGGAACUACUCUCUACGGAACUCGAAGCUUUCCCGGAGGUCAACGAUGUAAUUGGGGAGAUAUUGCUUGCGCGUACCAAUCAAAUUCUAUCCAGGAUGGAGUCUUUGAGGGAAACGUUCCAGGAUGACGUUCGUGCCCUGGAAGUAGAUGCCCUUACAGGAAUCCGGACCUCGAUCGUCGGUAAGGCAAUGGAAGAAUCUUACAGGCGCUGUAACAUGGAGUAUGGCAGGGGAAGCGACCAACGACGAAAGGGGAUCAUCAACGGUACGGUGCAGAGCCAAGACUUCUUUAUGAAUCACAUGCGAGAGUUCCGAAGAAGAUGGAAGACUUUGGCAGAUGAAUUCCAGAAGGAGCUCCAGGACUCGAUUAAAGAUGAGCUUAGUCUCAUGAGCACAUCUUUCGACAUCAUUAGGGACGAGAAUGUUGCAAUGGAAAGCGAGGAAAACCCGGAACUUAGACAAUGCCUGGAGAUUGAAAUCGGUCGGGCCAAGGAACAGCUGGAACGCAUCAGGGAUAUCAUAAGUUCUCAAUAG